UCCACGUAAACACAGGACUAUACUGCUCUCACUCAUUGUGUUAUCUACCAGGACCAGAUUACCAUUUCAGUCUCACCAACACUAAUAGUCAUCUCUCUAAGAUCAUUAUAUUAAUACCACAACUGAAACUCAGAGUUGUUGCUUACAUUUAUAGCUUGCAGAAAUGAGAGGAAACUCGGAUGACAAUGCUCCAAAUGUCCCUCUUCUGAAGCUCCUAGAUUGCUCCCUUAGGGUUUCUGUGAUUCCUCUUAGUAUUGCAACUAUAUGGUUGACUGUGACCAACCACCAAGAUAACACUGGCUAUGGCAAGCUGGACUUCGGCAACUUCAUGGGCCUCAAGUACAUGGUUUGCAUCAGCACCAUUUCUGCUGUAUAUGCUUUUGUUGCUGCUAUGUCCUCAUGGAUCGGAUGCUUAGUCUCUAAAGCUUGGCUUUUCUUUGUCUCUGACCAGAUAGUAGCCUACCUAAUGGUCACAUCUGUGGCUGCAGUGAUGGAGAUGGUGUUUUUAGCUUAUAAAGGUGACAGGGCAGUCUCAUGGAGUGAAGCUUGUGCUUCAUAUGGACAAUUCUGCAGUAGAAUGAAGUUGGCCUUGGUUCUCCACUCUCUGGCCCUUUGUAGCUUCCUUGUUUUAGCUGUGAUUUCUGCUUAUAGGGUCUUCAGCAUGUAUGAGGCACCUUCUGUUUCUCAUAAAGAGGUGGAGUUAGAAGAGAACACUACAUAGAUGGGUUGUCUUUCAUUUGUUCUAUUUUAGAGGUUUUGGUUUGUGGAAUUAUGUGUAAACUUGUUUUGUUAUACAAAGCUUAGAAGUAUGAGUCGCUUUAUGGGGUA